CGUCGCUGUAAGCUGGAACGGUUAUACCCCGGAACCUUAUGUGCGUUUCAUGUAUUCUGUCCGGAGCCCUAUACUGCUGCGCUUCACUCGAUGCCGGAAGUGAAGCCAGUGACAGCUUCAGGUGCCCUUGUUUGGCCGCUUGGCUGGAUGUUAGGGCGCUGGUGCUGCCCUUCCCGACACACAGGAUGCUGCGGGCCGCCUGCGUUGUGUGCAGAGGGGUGAUCAAUAAACCUUCUGUAAAAGAAGCCAAAUCCCCAUUACAGAACCUUUAUGCUCAUAGAAAUCAUAAUCAUCACUUCUCAAGAGUGAACAUUCGGCAGCCUUUACCCGGUUCUUCGCUACGAUGCUACUCUUCAUUGUCUCAUCUCCCACUACGGAGGAGCAGGUUGUUGCCUGUAAAUCUUUCUUAUCAAACUCAGCGCAAUUUUUGGGUUGCCAGGUUGGCAUCUAGGCUGUUAAAGCUCCGUUACCUUGUGUUAGGAUCAGCUGUUGGUGGAGGAUAUACUGCUAAAAAGACAUACGACGAAUGGAAGGACAUGUUUCCAGAUCUCAGUGAAUACAAAUGGGUUGUGCCAGAUUUUGUAUGGGAGUUGGAUGAAUAUAUUAAUUUUGAUAAAAUCAGUAAAGCUCUUCCGGAUUCUGAGCAGUUGGCUAAGCUUAUGCCGGACUUUGAGAAGCUAGGAGAAAGCUUUAGCUCAAUAAAAGGAUGGCUGUCAUCAGAUAAACUCAUUAAAGCUCUUCCGGAUUCUGAGGCACUGGCUAAGCUUUUGCCAGACUUUAAGAAGAUGGAUGAACUCAUUAAAGCUCUUCCGGAUUCUGAGGCACUUGCUAAGCUUUUGCCAGACUUUAAGAAGAUGGAUGAACUCAGUAAAGCUCUUCUGAAUUCCGAGGAGCUGACUAAGCUUACGCCGGACUUUCAAAAGCUAGGAGAAAGCUUUAGCUCAUUAAUAGGAUGGCUGUCAUCAGGUCACAAUUUGGUUAGUGAAGUCAUAGGACCUUCUGAUCUCCUUCUGUUGUUAGGCCCUGGAGGGGAGACUGCUUUCAAAGCUACUGAUGGCCAGAGUUUUGAAAGCUCUGACAAGCAAUACAAGAAGGGUUUGCUUGGUGAACUCAUUCUUUUACAAGAGCAGCUCAAGCAGCAUGAAGAGGACGCACGCAGGGCAGCUGGCAACAUUAACACGGGCAACUCACAGCAGAAGCGCAAGGCUACAGACAAGGAGAAGGUAGAUCAACUACAAGACGAACUUUUGCAAACCCAGUUGAAGUACCAGAGGAUUCUUGAACGUCUUGAGAAAGAAAAUAAAGAUCUACGGAAACUGGUGCUUCAAAAGGAUGAUAAAGGGAUUCAUCACAGGAAAGUUAAGAAAUCUCUGAUUGAUAUGUAUUCUGAGGUACUAGACAUUCUUUCCGACUACGAUUCCAACUACAACACACAAGACCAUUUGCCAAGGGUAAUUGUGGUUGGUGACCAAAGUGCAGGGAAGACCAGUGUUCUCGAAAUGAUAGCACAAGCCAGAAUCUUUCCUCGAGGAUCUGGUGAGAUGAUGACUCGUUCUCCAGUCAAGGUUACCUUAAGUGAAGGUCCCCACCAUGUUGCUGUAUUUAAAGAUAGCUCUCGGGAAUUUGAUCUCAGCAAAGAAUCUGAUCUUGCAGCACUGAGAGAUGAAAUAGAAGUGCGAAUGAGGAAGAGUGUCAAGAAUGGACAAACAGUUAGUCCAGAGACCAUCUCACUCAGUGUAAAGGGCCCAGGAAUACAGAGGAUGGUUCUUGUUGACCUACCGGGAGUAAUCAGUACGGUGACAUCAGGCAUGGCCCCAGAUACCAAGGAAACGAUCUUCAGCAUAAGUAAAGCUUAUAUGCAGAACCCGAAUGCCAUCAUUCUUUGUAUACAAGAUGGAUCUGUUGAUGCAGAGAGGAGUAUUGUCACUGACCUGGUUAGUCAAAUGGAUCCACAGGGCAGACGGACUAUCUUUGUUCUAACAAAAGUAGAUCUUGCUGAGAAAAAUGUAGCCAGCCCUAAUCGAAUCCAGCAAAUAAUUGAAGGCAAAUUGUUCCCAAUGAAAGCCCUUGGAUAUUUUGCUGUUGUAACUGGCAAAGGCAACUCUAAUGAAAGUAUUGACUCCAUCAAAGACUAUGAAGAGGAAUUCUUUCAAGGGUCAAGUCUCUUGAAGAAAGGGAUGCUCAAGGCUCACCAGGUGACUACUAAGAAUUUAAGUCUUGCCGUUUCUGAUUGUUUUUGGAAAAUGGUCAGCGCUUCAGUUGAACAGCAAGCUGAUGCUUUUAAAGCAACUCGCUUUAACCUUGAGACGGAGUGGAAAAAUAACUAUCCCCGAUUACGGGAACUUGACAGGAGUGAACUUUUUGAAAAAGCCAAAAAUGAAAUCCUUGAUGAAGUUAUAAGCCUUACCCAAGUUACUCCAAAACACUGGGAAGAGAUUCUUCAGAAGACACUAUGGGAAAGAGUGUCCACUCACGUGAUAGAGAACAUCUAUCUUCCAGCAGCACAGACCAUGAACUCAGGGACUUUUAAUACUACGAAGCAAUGGACUGACAAGCAGCUGCCUAAUAAAGCAGUGGAGGUGGCGUGGGAAACCCUUCAGCAAGAAUUUUCCCGCUUUAUGACUGAACAGAAAGGCAAAGAACAUGAUGACAUAUUUGACAAGCUGAAAGAGGCAGUAAAAGAAGAGAGCAUCAAGAGACAUAAAUGGAACGAGCAAGCAGAGGAUAGCUUGAGAGUUAUCCAGCACAAUGCGUUAGAAGACCGUUCUAUCUCUGACAAACAGCAGUGGGAUGCAGCAAUCCAUUUUAUGGAGGAAACCCUGCAAAGUCGUCUGAAAGAUACUGAAUCGGUCAUUCAUGAUAUGGUGGGUCCAGACUGGAAAGAGAGAUGGGUCUCUUGGAUUUCACGUAGUCCAGAACAGAAUAUACGAAAUGAAACUAAAAAUGAGCUUGAAAAGAUGAUGAAAAUAAAUGAAGACCAUCCUGCAUACCUUGCCAGUGAUGAAGUCACUACCGUUAGAAAGAAUCUGGAGGCCCGGGGAAUAGAAGUGGAUCCAGUUUUGAUCAAAGACACAUGGCACCAGGUUUACAGGAGACAUUUCCUGAAAACUGCUCUUGGUCACUGUAAUCUGUGUAGGAGAGGAUUUUAUUACUAUCAAAGGCACUUUGUAGAUUCUGAGUUGGAGUGCAAUGACGUGGUCCUAUUCUGGAGAAUACAACGGAUGUUGGGAAUUACAGCAAACACUUUAAGGCAACAGCUAACAAAUUCAGAAGUAAGACGUUUAGAGAAGAAUGUAAAAGAGGUCUUGGAAGAUUUUGCUGAAGAUGGUGAUAAAAAGCUUAACCUGCUUACAGGAAAGAGGGUCCAACUAGCAGAAGAUCUUAAAAAAGUACGAGAAAUUCAGGAAAAACUUGAUGCCUUUAUCGAAGCCCUUCAUCAAGAAAAGUAGCCUAAAUAGAUAAUGAAUUUGCAAAAAAAAGACGCCUAAAUCUUGGUGUUGAAUGAAUUUCCGGCAUAAAGCAAGCUUCUGAUGCAAUGUCUCCUGUACGAGACGUUGCUCUAGGGUGAGGAAGUAAGCCCAUGUCUCGAGUUUCUUUUAAUGACUGGCUACUUGAAGACGUGUCAUGUGUUUAGAGAAGUCUCCAAUGAAGAGAUAGGUCUACCUGUUGCUGCUGUCCUGUGUUUGUGCUGUACCUUGAUCACAUUUUUACUUGGUCAAGAAAUCUGGGGCCUAACUCACAUUUUAUCAUUUGUAUAUACAUCUUUAGCACUAUUUACAUUUGUUCCUUUCCGUCAAUCAGACUGCAUGUCAAUGGUAACGUAACUCUGCUUUCCUAUGAAAUACCCUCAGCAGCCAAAGUAAUAAACUGAAAGCUUCAGCUAUACUGAGAGAUUGUAUGUUCACAAUAACUUAUUGGGUACUGAGUUGUACUCCCCUCAACAUGUUUUAUAGCCAGGACACAUUAAAUAAGUUAAGGGCAACAUUUGCCGAAAAACGUAAAAAGUGGAUGUCUGUAUUCUUUUCUAUUCUUCCCUAAAGCACUUAUGUCCUCUGUUACCAACAGCAAAUCAACCAUUUUAUUUUGGGUUGGUCCUCUUAGGUAAAGGGGAAUGUAUGAAAUAUAUGAUUUCAAUCAUGUCCCAGAACUUUAAAAAAAAAAAAAAAAAGUCUAAAAGGGUAAAAAAUAACCGCUAUCUUUAUAAUGUUGCACUAUAAGAUGCAUUGCAGAUACCCUUAAAAUAAAGGAAAAAUGAAGUAACCCUUUUUCUAAUUUGUACGUAUCUUGGAUCCGAAGGUAUGGAAGAAUGUGGUGUCUGGAGAGUGGAGACAGUUCUCUCACCCUCAGAUUCUAUAACCAUUUUUUUUGUUAUUAGUACAGAACAAUUUAUGUUUAUGCACUUAUUAUUUACAUAGUAUUUUACAGCUUCAUUUGACACACCACAUUUGAAUGACAUUUUAACAGUACCCUAACACCUUUUUAAACCCCUGCUAUUUAAUUUUUAAUGGAAUGGUUCUUAUAUGCGGGGUUCCCUACGUUUUCAGAAGCUUAAUGGGGUACUCCACCGCCCAGCGUUUGGAACAAACGGUUCCGAACGCUGGAGCCAGCGCCGGGAGCUCGUGACCUCAUAGUCCCGCCCCUU